UUGUUAUCCAGCUGUUUUAGUAGCAGUCGCCAAACGUAAGCAGUCCAUGUGGAUUUUGAAUUCAAUUUUCAUGUCUCAAAAGAAAUGCCUAUUCCCUUGUUGUAUCAAAGACAAAAAAAACAGGAAAAUUUGUUUGAUUUACUAAAACGGCAAGGUGCAGCAACUUCCUUGACUUCAGAGGAAGAUUUGUCAGCAGAAAAAACUUCUUCAUCUCAAUUACCAAAUUAUGUCAGCAUUUUUACCACAGCAAACUCGUAUAAUUUGAGAUCAAAAUCUUCCCAGAAAGAUGAAAUUACUGAAAUUUUAGAAGGCACUUCAACUGAAGCUACGUCAACUCCCAAGCAGUCAAAGAUGCCAGACUUCUCUAGGAAUUCCUCGUUGGAUGAUAAACUAUCCCUUGAAAAUUUGUGUCUGUUGCACAAGGACAAACAUACAGAGGGAUUGUUUGAAGAUGCCCUCAUUCCAUGCAAUAAUCGUGACUGUCGUUAUUACAACCUUUUCGACAAUUCUAAGAAAAAAAGCAAGGAAAACAAGUUGACCACCCACACAAGUGUUCGUAAGAGAAUAAGGUUCUUUCGCCCUGAAGAUGAACAAGACGAGGACAACAAAGCUUGUGUUGAAACAAAUUCCACUGGUACCAUCCCUGUAAAAAGCUUCUACAACAAGCAAGCCAAGUCACUUUCCCGAUCUCCUUCACCUGUCCAAAAUCUUAAUGUUUCUCCCAUACCCUCGCUUGUUACUGUUGACGAAUUAACCGGGUCUGAUUCUCAAACCUCCCAUGAGCGUCCUUGGACCAGGAGCCGACCUUACAUUCUCAGUGAUCCAACGAUUACAUAUCCACCUUACGAUAUCGGCCUCAGGAAUAUUGACAACACGUGUUACGUCAAUGCAACCCUCCAAGCCUUGUUUGCUCUUCCCGGCUUCACUGAUGAUCUGGUUACGGCUUUCGAAGGCACUGAAAACUUGCCACACUUUGCUUCCUUGUUGGCCAACAUGAUAGCCGCACGGAAAAAAGGUUUGCCCAUUGAAGUGGAUAAAAUAAACGAAGAUCUUGUCAAGAAUUUGUGGAUGCUUCAUCCGAGCUAUUCAGUCCGUGAGCAGCAAGAUGCCAGUGAGUUCCUGAUCCGGCUGAUCGAGCAUUUGAAAUUGGCUUUGCCAGCUGGGCCAAUCAAUCCAGUUGAAUCCCAUUUCGAAUGUGAAAUGAUUGAAGUGGUCCAUUGCACUGCGUGCGGCAAGAAGAAAAAACGUGCCCAGAAACACACGUCCAUCUGCCUGCCCAUGCCGAAAGAUUCACGUAACCUAGAGCAAUGUUUGGAGGAUUACAUGGCGGAAGAGGAACGUGAACUGGCGUGCAGCAGUUGUAAGGCGACCACUUCGAAGAUCAGCUCGAAAUUCAGGACACUUCCAAGCAAGCUCAUAAUGUCGGUGAAUCGUUUCUCGAAAGAAGCAAAAUUGGCAAAGCACAUCGUUCCACCCCAAGUGUUAGAUAUUCGACCGUUCCUGGAAAACCUGGAAAGUCAGCUGCCUAGUGAGUACACCCUGGCUGCUCAAAUUGUUCACAUUGGCCGCUCUAAAAACUCUGGUCAUUAUGUUUCUCAUGUUUACUGUGAAGAUGGUGUUUGGCGCUGUUACGAUGAUAUGUCCGUCUUAACUGUUUCGAUAGAAGAUGAAAUUGAAUCUGUCGAUGGUGAACCGGCCUACGUGUAUUUUUACGUCCACCAAUGCAGGUUCCAAGAUUAAAACAAAAAAUGUUA